AUGUCCUUACUAAACAUAGCAAUAAUAAAUACCCGAGAAAAUUCAGAUAAAUCUAUCUUAACGGACAAAACAUUAAAGAAUGUGAGAUACACACCUGUACCAACUCACAGUGUGAGAUACAAACCUUUACCACCUGACAUUGUGAGAUACACACCUGUACCACCUGACGGUGUGAGAUACACACCUGUACCACCUGACGGUGUGAGAUACACACCUGUACCACCUAACAGUGUGAGAUACACACCUGUACCACCUGACAGUGUGAGAUACACACCUGUACCAACUCACAGUGUGAGAUACAAACCUUUACCACCUGACAUUGUGAGAUACACACCUGUACCACCUGACAUUGUGAGAUACACACCUGUACCACCUGACAGUGUGAGAUACACACCUGUACCAACUCACAGUGUGAGAUACAAACCUUUACCACCUGACAUUGUGAGAUACACACCUGUACCACCUGACAUUGUGAGAUACACACCUGUACCACCUAACAGUGUGAGAUACACACCUGUACCACCUGACAGUGUGAGAUACACACCUGUACCAACUCACAGUGUGAGAUACAAACCUUUACUACCUGACAUUGUGAGAUACACACCUGUACCACCUGACGGUGUGAGAUACACACCUGUACCACCUGACGGUGUGAGAUACACACCUGUACCACCUCACAGUGUGAGAUACACACCUGUACCACCUGACAGUGUGAGAUACACACCUGUACCAACUCACAGUGUGAGAUACAAACCUUUACCACCUGACAUUGUGAGAUACACACCUGUACCACAUGACAUUGUGAGAUACACACCUGUACCACCUGACAGUGUGAGAUACACACCUGUACCAACUCACAGUGUGAGAUACAAACCUUUACCACCUGACAUUGUGAGAUACACACCUGUACCACCUGACAUUGUGAGAUACACACCUGUACCACCUAACAGUGUGAGAUACACACCUGUACCACCUGACAGUGUGAGAUACACACCUGUACCAACUCACAGUGUGAGAUACAAACCUUUACCACCUGACAUUGUGAGAUACACACCUGUACCAUCUGACAGUGUGAGAUACACACCUGUACCAUCUGACGGUGUGAGAUACACACCUGUACCACCUGACGGUGUGAGAUACACACCUGUACCACCUGACGGUGUGAGAUACACACCUGUACCACCUAACAGUGUGAGAUACACACCUGUACCACCUGAUGGUGUGAGAUACACACCUGUACCAUCUGACGGUGUGAGAUACACACCUGUACCACCUGACGGUGUGAGAUACACACCUGUACCACCUGACGGUGUGAGAUACACACCUGUACCACCUGACGGUGUGAGAUACACACCUGUACCACCUGACAGUGUGAGAUACACACCUGUACCACUUGACAGUGUGAGAUACACACCUGUACCACUUGACAGUGUGAGAUACACAACUAUACCACCUGACAGUGUGAGAUACACACCUGUACCAUCUAACAGUGUGAGAUACACACCUGUACCACCUAACAGUGUGAGAUACACACCUGUACCACCUGACAGUGUGAGAUACACACCUGUACCACCUAACAGUGUGAGAUACACACCUGUACCACCUGACAGUGUGAGAUACACACCUGUAUCACAUGACAGUGUGAGAUACACACCUGUACCACCUAACAGUGUGAGAUACACACCUGUACCACCUGACAGUGUGAGAUACACACCUGUACCACUUGACAGUGUGAGAUACACACCUGUACCACUUGACAGUGUGAGAUACACAACUAUACCACCUGACAGUGUGAGAUACACACCUGUACCAUCUAACAGUGUGAGAUAA